GCCGAAACAAAUAAUACUGCCAUUUUAAAAAAUUAUUAAUUUGAAAAUGCUGGAAGAUAUGCUCUGUAGAUACGCUAUAGUAAGUCAUUUACUAUUGGCCUGUUCUAUCGGUCAUAUCUCUACUACCGUUAACGGAUUUUACGAUAUUAUUACGAGAUUUUUAUCAAAUAAAACCUGCCUAGCAAUUUUGUACAAUUAUUGCUUAAUGUUGUAUAUUUACUGUUGUAAAAUACCAAUUUUCAUCUUCCUAGGAACUCUAACACAACUAGAAUCUGAGGAAUUAAUUGAGAAUAUAAGGAAUUAUAUAAUGGACACCGUUUUGUUUUUAAUACUGAGUAAGCCUAGAUUUAACGGUAAAGAAGUGUUAAUGUCGGACCUUGUCAAGUGUAUCACCUUACUCACCUCCUUAAAGUCAUUUCAUAUCAUACUGAACAUACGUUUAUCUCAUAUGUUCGAAAUUGAUAUACCAAAAUUUAUGAAAAUCUUCCGGAUUUGCUCCUUUAUUUAUGUUUUGAGCCUAAUUAACUGCUUCCUGCUCAACUUAUUUUUCAUAAAUUUAAAUAAUAAAAAUACUUUCACUCUUUGGGUUCUUUUCGAGUUACUGGGAAUGUUCAUAAAUUUGUUAUUUUCAACGUUCAAAUUCAUUAUCAACCUCUUUGAUUUAUAUCAGUCGAAUGGGCUCAUAAACAAAAUGAUCAUACUCUUUUAUAUUGAAUUAUUGCAUGACAUAUUAUCACUGCUAAUAUUCACCGUUUUUAUGAUCGUCUUCUUCAUCAACAACCCUAUCAACAUUCCGAUCUACAUGAUUAUAGAUAUUAUUCAUGUCUCGAAAAACCUAUUCAAUCGUAUUAAAAUGUUAAUUGAAUAUCGGAAAAUUUCAAAACUACUCUACACCAAAUACAAGUGUGCGGAUGAUGAGAAGAAUUUGAACUGUAUAAUAUGCCGCGACGUUAUCACAGUCAAUAGCAGAAAACUGGAGUGCGGGCACGUGUUUCAUCUGAACUGCCUAAAAUCAUGGCUCUUCCAACAUAACAACUGUCCAAGCUGCAGGAAACUUAUUUACAACUCAAAUGCCAUAACCAUAAAUAUGAGCAUACAAGUGCUGGACAACGUUCUGUAUAAUAUAGAAAUAUUCGUGUUGAACAAGAUGAAGUCGUUGGUUAAAAAGGCGUCGAAGAUGAUUAAAAAUUUGAAAACGAACCUACUACACUACAACGUCACGUUGAAAACAACGCAAUCGAGACAUUUGGAAUAUUAUUUGUACAAUAGUGUGACUCACGAGUUUGUCAAAUUGUCAACCUCUACGAAUGAAACGAAUGAUAAUUUAAGGGAGAAUUUAACUGAAGAUAAAAAAGCUCCGGAUGGAAACAGUUUGAUGUUAAGAAUUGGCAUGAUCAACGUAAUGAAGAAGUACUAUUUCUCAAAUUACUACCUUAUUAUGUGUAAUUCCGACACAGAAACGGAUAACACCGCAUCAGACAAUUCCAGUGGUGUUGAUGGUAGCGAUGGCACUGCUAAUAACUUGCCGAAGGACAAUGUUCAGGAGCUGUUCAGUUGGUUAAAUACGGCAAUAAUGACAAGUUCCCGUGAUGAUUUAAAUGCUCUAUAUAACAAGUUGUUAUAUGUUCUCUCGUUCCUCUACCUCUCAACAAAUUUGUUGACGAAACAGUUUUUAACUAGUUCUCAGAGUUCAAACGAAGGUUUGGAUUCUAACAAUUCGGGGUCAACAUCCAACAAACCCUCGUAUGAGCCUGAAAUAAAAAAAUUACACGUGAAGAAAUUAAUUUUAAGUAAGGAUUAUCAUUUGUUACUGCUGAAGAUGUGUAAGAAGAACUACCAUUUUAAUUUUAAGGCCUUUUCAAAUAACAUUUCAUUAUUCCAAAAUAUUGUUAAUAUUGUUUAA